AUGCUUCAACAGAACCAGCUCGUCAGCCUAUCUCUUGGGGUCUUCGCCAACCUAACCAGCUUAUCAUUUCUGGACCUCUCCUCGAACAAGCUGACGAGCCUGCCUGCUGGGAUCUUUGCUGGCCUGACCAGCUUGGGGUCUCUAUCGAUCAAUUCAAACCAGCUGACGAGCCUGCCUGCUGGGAUCUUUGCUGGCCUGACCAGCUUAUGGUCUCUAUCGAUCAAUUCAAACCAGCUGACGAGCCUGCCUGCUGGGAUCUUUGCUGGCCUGACCAGCUUGGGGUCUCUAUCGAUCAAUUCAAACCAGCUGACGAGCCUGCCUGCUGGGAUCUUUGCUGGCCUGACCAGCUUGUCGACUCUGGACCUCUCCUCCAACAAGCUGACGAGCCUGCCUGCUGGGAUCCUCGCGAGCAUAUCAGCUGGGGCUUUUGCGGGUCUGAGCAGCCUACCGUCUCUGGACCUCUCUGGGAACAAGCUGACGAGCCUGCCUGCUGGGACCUUCGACGGGCUCAGCAGCCUGACGUAUCUAUCCCUCAGCAACAACGAGCUGGCAAGCCUGCCUGCUGGAGUCUUCGCCAACCUGAGCAAGGUAACGACUCUAUCGCUCUACUCAAACCAGCUCGCGAGCAUAUCAGCUGGGGCUUUUGCGGGUCUGAGCAGCCUACCGUCUCUGGACCUCUCUGGGAACAAGCUGACGAGCCUGCCUGCUGGGACCUUCGACGGGCUCAGCAGCCUGACGUAUCUAUCCCUCAGCAACAACGAGCUGGCAAGCCUGCCUGCUGGAGUCUUCGCCAACCUGAGCAAGGUAACGACUCUAUCGCUCUACUCAAACCAGCUCGCGAGCAUAUCAGCUGGGGCUUUUGCGGGUCUGAGCAGCCUACCGUCUCUGGACCUCUCUGGGAACAAGCUGACGAGCCUGCCUGCUGGGACCUUCGACGGGCUCAGCAGCCUGACGUAUCUAUCCCUCAGCAACAACGAGCUGGCAAGCCUGCCUGCUGGAGUCUUCGCCAACCUGAGCAAGGUAACGACUCUU